ACGGCUCUCAGCAAAGCAACAAGAAGGAAGAGCAAUGGCGACACUGGAUCGCCAAAUACCAAGUCCGGAUACCUUCCUUUGCGAGCCUUGGUCUUCCUUCAUCAGUGCAGCUAAAUUACGUUUUGUUGACAACCUGUCCUCGGAUAACAGCGACCAAGAGCUUUACUGCCUCGGUGAAGCCGUGAGGCUCAGCAAAGAAGAGAUGCUUGUCUACAGCCAGUUUCCAGCACUGGAGGAUUUUUGUCUUGUUGUCUGCCAUGUCUGCAAUCAGGUGGUCACUCCUCAGGGCAUCCUCACACACUAUGAGAAGCGCCAUGGCUCCCCUGCCCCCUCCAGGAGCCCCCUGGUCCCCAUGAAGCCCAAAGCACCUGCAGUGGCCCCCACGGUGGCUCCCAGUCCCGGGGACACGCUGGCCUUCAGGGUCCCUAAAGAUUACCCUCAGUCCUGCUUCAGCAAGGCACCUCUUGCUGUCUAUCCACCAAAGGGGGCACGGAACAAGACGUGUGUAUCCCUUCCAGUCGUCAGCCUGGAGAAGAUGCCCUGCCUGAGCCGUGCCGACUCUGCAUCACAUGUGCGCCUCUCCCCCUCCUCUUCCUCCCCCUCCUCCUCCUCCUCCCUCAAACCUCCAUCACUUACUCCCCCGUCCUCCCAGCGGUCCAGUGAGAAGCUCAUGAACGGUCGAGGAACUGGCGGGCCAUCCACGCCGCGCUCCACCACUUCUCCAUCCUCUCUGGAUGGGAGGCCCAGUCCAGCACGAUCUCCGCUGGAUAGGCGGCUGUCGUCUACACCUUCUCCUUCGCCACUGGACUGGAAACCCUCCUCAUCACCUUCCCCUUCUCUCCGAUCCGGCACUCUGCCGCCGCCGCCACCACCGCCGCCGUCGUCACCAUUGGAUAAGAAGCAGCAAAACGGGACUAAGACUUCCUCCAGGUCACAAAGAAGACUCUCAGGGAGAGUGUUUGAUCCAAACAAGCACUGCGGAGUCCAGGACCCAGAGACUAAGCGACCCUGCACGCGAUCCCUCACCUGCAAGACUCACUCCUUAACCCAUCGCCGCGCCGUCUCCGGCCGAAGGAAACAUUUUGACAUCCUCCUGGCCGAACACAAGGGGCGGGCCAAGGCGAACGAGGGAGCAAAGGAGAAGGAGAAAGACGGCUCGCAGGGAGGGAAGGAAGGCAGCAGCCAGAGUAUCACAUCACAAGAGACCGCAUCUCCCAGCAAGCCUCACUGCCCAAAUGGACGACCACUGUCCAUGCUGAAGCUACGGCUGGCAAAUGCACACAUACCCAGAGUUCCAGGCUCCACCACCUCCACCUCGAGUCCUCUGCCCCCAGCGCCGGCCCCCGCCCCGGGCCCUAACCCUGAGCCGUCUCCCCACAGUUGGACGCCAGCGGUGGGAGACGGCGGUCGACUUUCCAGUGACGAGGGAGACGCAGAGACUCCAGAGGACACUGACAGACCUGCCUUUCACUACUCCAAUCGCCACCCACAGCCUUUAGGGUUCUGCGUGUUCAGCAGCAGGCUCAUGGGACGGGGCCACUAUGUGUUCGACAGGCGAUGGGACAGGAUGAGGCUGGCGCUUCAGAGCAUGGUGGAGAAACACCUUAACGCACAGAUGUGGAGGAAGGUGCCUCUGGCUGCUGAGAGCCUCCUCUCCUUCUCCUCCUCCGGUCCCUCCCCCGUGAGUUCACAACAGACUCCCCCUCCCACCUCCGCUACUUCUCCUCUCCUCUCGUCCCCCUCCAACUCCCUCUCCUACACCGCCACAUUUCCUCAGUCUGCAGCCAUGGCCGGAGUGUUCAGCAUUCGAGAUGCUGCGCAGCCCGUCGCCCCAGUUUCCUCACUGGGUAAAGCCCGUAACGGCGUGCAUAAAGCCAGCCGCCCAUCCAAAGACACGGACGACUCUGUAGUGGGAUCUAAGAGGAGAAAAAACUCUUCCUACUCGUCCUCCUCGUCCUUUUCUCCUUCUUCCUUGUUUCCGACUGUGGAUAAUCACAAGAGGAACGACAGCAGCUAUCAUCCAACGUUACAAGGUUCAGGGGGGGCGGCGGUGACAGCGGCCAGGAAAAAGGGACUCGGGCGUGGGGGAAGUGGGCUUUGGAGCAGCGGAGAGGACUGGCUGUCCAGAACAGAUGGGGCUCAAAGCCACAACUUACAGAACAGUCGUGAACUUGGCACGACCAGUAUACCCUACUCACCCAGCAGGGAGGCUGCCUCCGCCUCCCAUCAGCCCCUGGCUCCCCCCUCCGGACCCUUGGCUUAUGGGGGAGGAGCAGAGGGGAGGAAGAGGAGGAGUCCCAGCUCUUACAGAGGGAAGGCCAGCAAGCUGAGCAGGCCGGGAGGGUUGGAGAGCCUCUUUGGGAAUGGGAGCGACAGCGUGGGAAUACUGGCUUCGGGGCCCGAGUCCCCGAGACAGGCCAAGUUACAUCACUGACAGAAACCUCUUUUUCACGGACAGAAUGUUGGGCAGCUGUGCAGACCACCACCGUUUGUGACCUUUGACCUCACCACUCUUCCACUGACAGCACCAAUCAGACUGCUUCAAUCACGCCGAUGUCAGCCCCCAUUUAUCCAAUGACAGUUCAGUUCACCCGCCGUGACACCGGGGCUCUGGAGUCUUUGGCCCCCCACAGUUGGCUGGCAGUCACUUCCACUCUUCACCUUCUAAUUAUGGACGGCUGUGACGGAAAAGCUGCCGUGCAUCGAUGCGGUCGCGGCCUUUUCAGAACAAGACGGUGGAAUCCACAAACUUAUCCUCUGAAAAGGGAAUUUGCCUCAUAACGUUUUCAAGGCAUUGUCAAUAACACCACCACUCUACGAUGUUUGGGGAGGCACUUUUUUCUUAACAAUCAGUUCAUUUUCUGGUUGUUCUGACCAUUUUUCUGGUCGCUGUGUCCGGUCAGCCGACAAGGAAAGAGGUCUGUGAUUGUUUUUGGGGAGUUGGCUGGUUGAGGGACCUACUGACACGACUACUGUAGGACUCAGCCUUCGUCUAUGCCACCUCUACUGCCCCUCAUCUGCGUUUUUCUCUUUUUUCCCCCUCUUUCUCAAAGAUAAAAAGCAGCUUUAUUUGGGUUUUAUUUGCUUUUUCCUCUCUCUUUUUGUAUUUCUCUCCAUCUUCCUCUCUUACUUUUUUAUAUCAAACACCUUUGUCAACAUCUCUACUAUUCUCUUUUUUCCUCUGUCCUCCUCCUUCCCAGCAUGCCUGUGUUCAAAGUGCACUUACGGCCCUUUCUCCUCGCUUCCUUCUUCACUGACUCCAGAGCAGUCUCCAGCAGUGCCACACCAAGGACCUGUUCACACAAGGGAAGAAAAAGACAAAAACAUUGCGUUACCAACAAUGCCGAGUCAAUGCAUUGUAUUUCAAUAUAGGAAGAAAUCCGAGUUUAUUUGAAGAUUGUUUUUUUUCUUUGUUCUGGUUUUUAAAUGUUGCAAGGAACACAAACUCCUGUCUGUGUGUCAGAACUUGCAUCCAAAAAGGAAAGAUUUACCAGGGUGUUGGAUCUAUUUUGUACAAUAAUUUAUCGUUCUUAAAUGAUGUUUGUUUUCUAACUGACCCUCGAGGUUUGAGCUACAGAGACUUUUUUUUGAGCAAAAAAUAAUUUCUAUGGCAUUUUGAAGAAAUGUGCAAAGUAUUAUGACAGUUCAUAUUGUUGAAAAUGUGUACAUAUCUCUUAUUAUUUUUGUAUUUAUUAAUAAUUGUCCCCUUUUCCUAAAUAUGAGCUAAAUGAGUAUUUUUGCCCUCCUACCUAGAUGUGUGUUUAAAGAUAUUGAUGGCAUGGCCUGGUUUCUGAAAGUCUUCUGGGUUUGUUCAUUAGCAAGUUUUAAAUCAAUACUAAUUAAUAUCCAUAACCAGCCAAAUAUUAACUUUGACUGUGGCUGCUGUGUUUGUCAUCUCCAUUUCGCUGUGCAGUCAGUUAACAACCUGUGUUCAGUUAUGAAAAUGAUGUUUUUCAGGCACAAAAUCUUAACUCAAGGUGCAAAGAAAGCUUUAAAAAAAACGUUGUCAGAAUUCCAUCAAAGUUACUCAUCGUUUAGAGGAAAGCUGCAUUGAUUAGUCGACUAAUUGAUGAGCAGAUCAACAGAAAAAUCAAUCUCCAAAGAUUUUUGAUUUCGACAAAUAAUAUUUUUUCAUGCAAAAAUGUCAGAAAAUGCUUUUUUCAACCUCUCAAAAGUAGGAGAUAUUCUGCUUUUCUCCAUUUCAUUUUAUAUUAAACUCAAUGUCUUUGGGUUUUUUUUAAUAUAUUGACAAAACAAGACAUUUAAAGACAUGGCUUUGGCCUUCAAGAAACUGAUUUUACAGAACAAGCAAUCAAUCCCGGAAAUAAUUGGCAGAAUAAUUAAUAUAUUAAUCGUAAGUUGCAGCCCGAGUGUAGAGGAUUCACUGUUUACUGAUCUUUAAAGAGUACUGAAAAUAAUACACUUCAUGGAAAGACAAAUUUAAGCAGAGAGGCUUUAAUUGGCAGUGGCAAAAUAUUUUUUAUUCCAAAGGUUUAACAGUUGCUAAACCAAUUUAUUGGUUUGUUUGUUUAUUUUGCUCUUUCUGGAGUUGCCUCGCCACUGACUGCAAAUUAUGUACUUUUUGGGGGGGAAUGCUUUUACUGCAUUUCUGUUUUAUUGGGUAGUAAUAGCUUGGAGAGUGACAGGAAAGGCAGGAAAGAAACGGGAUGAUUUUUUUUUUCUACAGCAAUGAGCAGCUCCGUUUUCUUUUUUUUGUCGUUUUUUCUCCAUUAACACCACUUUCAAAAUAAUAUUGUAUUUAAUACAUUUUUAGUAUGCCCGCUGAGCAGUGUGAAAGCACUACAGUACUGCAGAUGGACUUGAGUUGAGAUUUUUAUUUGGUCAAACUGAACUGAUGGCCCAACAUGUCAGUUAACAGUUAUGUUUGUACACCAUUGUUUCCUCACAUUUCUAACAGCUCGACAAUUUCUAUCUCACUUGCGGGAAUGAACAAAGCUUUGAUUUUCUGACACCAGGCCUUGGUUAGUAUUUUCAUAUAAAAGGCCCCACAUUCCUGUUUGCCUGUGGUUCCACCCUUUUUCAUACUUCUUCCAAUGUUCAAAACUAAAGCUCUAUUUUUAAACUGUCUUUAUCUUCCAGGACCGAUUGGUCUAGGCUUGGUUGUUGUGUAUGUAAAAAUCAAAGGCAGGUUUAAAAUGCUUUCACUUACUUCUCAGCUGCACCUAUCAAGCCCCGGUAUCAUUUCUCAUCUGGUGGCGCAGUAGUUCACUGCACUGGGUGUGCAGCACAGCCAUUCCUUUGAGCUUUUAAAGGGACACUUGGGGUUUUUUUUAGCUGGGGUUGUAUGAGGUUCUUAAAAAAAAUUCAGUGCUUUUCACCAAGAAGAUAACAGUUGGCAUGCCUCCAGUUUGGAGAGGCAGGCACACUGCAAAAAAGCCAACUUGUAUUUUUUGGCCUAAAACAGUGAUUUAAGUUGGUAAAACUUGGAAAUAUAAAUUAUUGACAUUUAGGGCAAUAAUGUAAGUUAGCACAACAAAGGAAGCCAGUUGUCUGCUCAAAAACAAGUUGGUGAGUUGUUGUUACUUAUAUCUUUAAGUUGAGGUUCACAACAAGGGACAAUAGUUCUGCUAACUCUUAUUUCUUUGUUGUGAAAUUUGGUCAUUAGCGGACGCUAGCGGCUAACUGCAGCUAGCGGCUAUCUGACGCUAGCGCCACUGCUUGUUACAGCUACAAGAGUAGCCAUUAGCGUAUCAAUGCUAAGUCAAAAUUGUGGUUACAACAUUAGCUGACAUUCAUAGCGGCGUUACAAUCGUGCCAGAGAAAUUCAGAGUUGAGCAAACUCAAAAACAAAACUUAAAAUAUUUAGUUUAAUUGUCCAACUUAAAGUUUUAUCGAAGUUUGUUGCCUUGAAAUUUUGAGUUCACCCAUCUUUUUUUGCAGUGCAGGAGUACAGACAUCUGAGCGUCUGAGAGUCUAGGUGUGCGCUUUAUAUAGAACAUUUUUACAACCUUACCUUGCUGUCACACAGCCCUUUCCGACGGUGAAAUGGAACGGUUGUAUUUAUCAAUGCUAUCUUCAAAGCCACCAGACUUCAUUGACAAAAACAGUAAUUUUACAUUGCAGAACAUGGGAGUUGCUGGUCUCCCGCUGCCUUCAACAAUUAAGUUGUUUUGUUAUUGUGGGACUAUAGUAAAUCUGAAUUAACCAUUUAAAAGACGAAAGUCACAGAAUAACACAAACAACUUAAUGUUGUUGUCAAUAGAGUCUGGUGGCUUUGAAGAGUCUCAUAAAACCCCACUUAAAAAGCUCCAAACUAUCCUUUUAAAGUAUUUUAAAUAUCUACAAGAUGCAAAGCUGCAGCGUCAGGGUUACAAACCAAGUGCAUAUAUUUUCUAUGGCAGCCUACUACCACAACGUAGCACAAAUGUGGUUAAAUGUAACUGAGGAUGUCAUUUGAAUUAUGUAAAUCGUCCAGAAAUGUGAGUCGAUUUUCUUGAUUAAAAGUGGCUUAGUAAUGGAUGCCACAAGUCAAGAAAACAAAUGUUAAAAAACGUUUAAAAUGUGUGAAAAGCAUCCUGUCUAUUCAUUUGGUGUUGCUGAUGAAGCCAAAGUAACUGAGAGCAUUUUGAUUUGCUUGAUGGCAGCGUGAAGCUGUGAGCGAUGCUCCCACCUGGUACUCGCCAGCUGCUUCAAAUAACUUUAUUCGUUUGUUGUUUUUGUUUUUUUUCCGUCUCAAAAGCAUCUAAGCACUAAUGAUGAAUGAAUUGUACAUAAUCAGUUGUAUUUGUGUUCUGCUUCUCCCAAGUGCUUCCCAUGAUGACACUUUAUUCAUCAAUGUGUGAGAUCAUCUAAGUACUCUUGGAUCAGUUUAGUGAAACCGGCUCGGUGGUCUUUAUUUUACUGUAGAUUUAUCGGGUACUCGCGGUGUACAGUUAACAUGCCUGCAAUUACAGUAUACAUUUUCUCUGUUUAACGCAACAUACCAACUGAUGUACUAGUGUAUAGAUGGUUUAUGUUGGUUUUAAUGGCUGAAAACCAUGGUUGAGGUGGGAAUUACAUUUUUUUCCAGCUCAGUAUCUUCUCACUCGAGAUCAAAGACGAUCUUAGCGCUGAGAUGUUUUUGACUUACUGUUUAUAGUAAUAGAAAUGGGAAGCCUGUUGCAGCUAAAAAUUAAAGACAAUGUUCAUGAAUUUUAGAGCAGUUGUAUAUUGUCCUUGCUGUUGAAUUUUAUGGAGGUAUUAACAGUUUUUUUUAAACUCCUCCCCCUUCCUUUUUUUGCACUUUGUCAUAUUGCCCAGAUCUUUAAUCAACUUCUAUUUAUAUAAAUAUUUGAGAUAUUAAAAACAAAUCUAUAUCUAUAUAUUUGUAAAAGUGUUUCUGGCAACUACAGUGAAAGAAGAUGAAGAGUAUAUUCUCGGUGAGUUGGUGCACCGUUUGUUGUUUGUUGUAUCUGAUCCCAGCUGUGUUGAAUGUCUGAGAAAUGCCUUGUAAGAGAUGCGGUUUAUUCUCUCUCACUGCAGCUGGAUCAGGAAAAAAAAUGGAUUUCCCAUCAAAACAACUGAACACUUGCUGUAUAAAAAAUGUUCUUAUAUCCAAGCUUUUAUUAAAUGAUUUCAAGUGGA